AGUGCAUAGCGAGGUGAACAGGAGUUCAAAGUGAUAACAGUUAAUCAAGGUACAGGGUUUAUACGACUGCUGUGCACGUAGCAGCUCAGUGUGCAGACCCGCCACCUCACAACUUGUCGACUACCCGGCGGUCCCGUUACUACAGGCAGAGUACAUGUUACUUUACCAGCGACACUUCUUCGUUUUACUCAAAUCUCUUGUGUUAGUAAGAUGGAUACGGUGUGCAUCAAAGAUAAAUUCGGCAACGAUCGGUGGUUUCUUGGCGAGGACAUACGGCUCCCAAUCUUCAUAGAAAAACUUAGUCUAGCGGACCGCUUGAGUUUCAUCCACAACGUUGACCUUAGACCUGACGACGUCAUCGUUGCCGGUUACAUGAGAUCAGGUAACAACUGGAUUCAUCAGAUGAUCUACAUGUUGCUGGAAGGAACCCUGGACCCGCCUCCCUUGUUUGGACCGGAUUCUAACGUGUACCUGGAGUUUGCCUCAGACACCAGACGCGUCCCCCCACCUGUCAAACCUCGCGCUUUUUACACGCACCUUCUCUUCAAGGACCUGCCAAAGGUCGUCACUGAAAAAAAGGUCAAGGUGGUGCACAUCACGCGGAACCUCAAGGAUGUCUUCGUGUCUUUGUAUUGUAUUUUACAAAAAUAUUCUUUCUGCGAAUAUUAUCCAACGUGGCCAGAGUUUUUUUCUACUAUGCUAGAUGAUGGCGUGUCGUAUGGAGACAUCUUUGACCACGUGACAAGCUGGGAGAAGGCGAUCGACGAUCAUCCUGAACAUCCAUUUUACUGUGUGACGUACGAGGAGUUGACACAAAAUGGUGUUGAUCAACUGGAACGUAUUGACCAGUUCCUGGAGACACACAGAGGAAGACCUUUCUGCCAGGCGGUGGUUGAGAAAUGUCGCAUCGACAACAUGGUCAAUCUGCGAAUGUCACAAGACGUUAACUUUGAUCGCAACUUGCUUUUCAGAAAAGGAGUUGUAGGAGACUGGAAGAACUGGUUCACUGUGGCGCAGAACGAGGAAUUCGAGGAGGUCGUCCGAAAGAAGAUGGCCGGCUACAAAAGUCUCCUUCGUUACCAACUUGAAUAAUUAAAUCAACACAUUGCAAAUCUCAGUACCAGCAGAUAGUGUCUUUUAUCAGGCAAUGUAUUCUUCGUUCUUCUCGAUAUUCCAGACUGCCACAGUACUCAUACGAAAGUGUCUGUAAAUCCCUACCCCAUACUGAUGAUCUCAGUCUACUGUUGUUAUAAUGAGUAUACAGGAAAACUCUCCCUCAGUGAAAAUCAGAAACUCUAGAUACCGAUAGGAAUGUCAGCUUUUUUAUAAUCCGGAUACUAAGCUUUCGAUAAAUAUCGUCUCCAAAAAUUGAUAAUAAAGCUACGUAAUGUCCAUAAAGUCAGCCGGUCUGAAGACUCCUAUAAGUGUACAAGCUACAUACUCACAAGAACAAUAAAGUAUUGUCAAUGUGGCGAACGAUAGUCAUUACAUAGAGCUGUCUGAAUGAUGAAGAAUUUAACUCAUAAAUAGAAGAUUCGUCUAAUUACUCUAAUAAAUGUAAAAUCCUCUGUUUGAUAUGAAAAUCAGUGAUUGAUGCAGCUUGAAGACGAGACGUGGUGUAAAACUAUAUUGUAACUAUUGAAGAUACUUCUUUGAAAAGACAACGGAACUGAUAUCAAAACAAAUUAGAAAAUUAUUAUAUAGCUUAUUUUUCCCGGAGACUUCUAUUUAUAAUCAGCAAAUUGAAGGCAACCUUAUAUUUGAAUGCCGUCGAAAGCACUGAUGAUCCCAUUCUGUCUCGUCAGAGGUGUUGGUGUGCACGGCUUGGUGUAUGUCCAAACUAUGAAUGUGUGAUUAAGACAAAAGAAAAAAAAAUAUUGUGUGUUGUCGGUGGCACGUGUCGCCAGAGUUGCCUUUCCUUGAAAAAAGGUGGGAAAGGAGUGAAGGUAAUAUCUCGCACGUUCUUUAAGGGACUGCGUUUAUCGAGGUCACUGCUGAGAUCACGUGGAUACUUUACAUUUCGUGAACCUGUACAUGAGUUCGGGGUACAUCAAUAGAUGAUGUAUGCAAUCAUUCUCCUACAUGGUCUUACCUGAGCGCUGUGCUGGGAGUGCCGUGCAUCGUCAAACACGCAAGUCCUUUAGGGAACAGUUGGAGUCUGUACUUAUCCAGUCUUACAACUGCAGCUGAUACCUGCUGAAGGUGCUUUACAUACACCAGUACUUACGAAGGAACAUUAAAGCUCACCAUCAGUGUGACUUUUUGUGAAGAGUGGCUGUAUCGGAUGUAUAAUUAUAAUUAAAUGUCCGAGAGAAACUCUCAACUUUUUUCUGCGUCACGACGUGACGUCAAAAUGUAGGCUGACGUCACAUGUCACGUGUCUCAAUUCUACAUGUGCUUGAACGAAUAAAACAAAAUAAAGGUAAAAGGC